CGUAACCCGCGCUAGAAUUAAUUUAUUGUAGUUUUUAAUAAAUAAAUUUUACUCAUGCUAGUUUAACCAAUUAAUAAAGAAAUGGCGAAAAUUACGGGAUGGUUAACUUUACUAGUUAUCAAUUUGGUGUGUUUAUCUAUUGCAUUAGAAGAAUCAAACUCUAACCAGGACAAUCGAACGAAAAGAAAACGAAGUUUUUAUCCCUGGGGAAACAGAGCAGUUACGCCUCAGUACGAAAGCAUAGCGAAAUGGAAAACGCCUACAUAUCAAUUAGGCAGGCCUUAUUACAUACCGAUAUACGGAGCACCAGGAAGAAUACCCAUGUAUUACCCACCACAACCAUUUUUAUUGAAUCCUGGCAGUCCCCAGGACAAUACAGCGUUUCCAAGACAACACAUAUACCUACAUCCAUUUAACAACAAUAAUAACCAAGGAAGCAAAAAAGACUUCAAAGGACCUCCCUAUUUGCCCCCAGAGAAAAAACCAACUAUGCCAGACAAUAGGUUCGGUGAAGAUGAUGAUUUACCUAUAUGGGGCGGAAAUUCAGUCGAAACUGAUAAAGUAACGACACCACGACCAGCAGCUAUAAGACCAACAAGACUUCCAAAACCUAAAGUGGAGCCCACUCUUCCUCCCCUAUCACAUAAAGAUGGCAGCAGCAGCAGUUCGGGAACCAAUCAACUUGCCGUUGAUGAGCCUUCUCUAUCGCCAGGAGCUGGUAUAAGGCAGGAACCCCAAGCUGGCCCGAGUAAUUGUGUUUGGGCCAUCGUAAACUGCUGCUCAGUUAAGACUGGUCGAUUUGUGGACUCUUGCUUCGAGCAGAGAGGUUGUCCGGGACCUUUCUGGGGCAAAAGCCCUUGCGAGGGUGACUUUGCCAGAGCGGCUCUUGAGAGUGCGCUAGGAUAUUAUAAUCCUUAGGGUUUUUGUUACUUUUUUAUACGCACUUUAGACCUUGUAUGUUAUGUAAUAGUAAUAUAACAUAUAAUGAAAUGCUUGAAUCAAAGGAUUUUAGGUAUUUAUAUUCAAUUUACCUAACAUUUAUGUAAAUAUUGUAUAAUUAUUUAUUUUAAGUUAUGAUUAACUAUAUAGUUGUAAGAAAAAAUAAACAAAUUUACAA